UGUGCCAAGUAUUACAAAAGAACCCAACUUGUGAACCUAAAUUGCUGUGAAAGAGAACUCCUUCUUCUCUCUUCUUAUAUAUCACUCAAAAAAAAAAAAAAAAACCUAUCUUUCUCUUUCAAUCUUAAAUAUAUCUGCUCACCAUCAAGGCAAGUUUCCUUAUUUUGCUCCUCUAAUCACAAUCUUAAUCCCUGUCUAAAAAAUAUCUAAGUUCCAAAAGUUUCACACAUUCAGGUUUUUUUUCCUCAAAUCUUUAAAUAUGGUAACCAAGUCUUGCUCCAUUCCUCUGUAAUUUCACACAAAUCCUUAGCCAAAUACUUAGGGUUCUGUUUUGUGUUCAUGUGAUGUAAAGAUGAAGACUAUUAGUGGAUUAGGUAUUGGGUUAAGUUUAGUUUUUGGGUUUCUUCUCUUAGCACUUGUUGCAGAAGUCUAUUACCUUCUGAGAUGGAAGAAGCACAAGAAGAGAGUCACAAGCCAAGAAAGUGAAGAGGAGAAAGAAGAAGAACAACAACAACAAAACGGAUACGCCAAAGAACUUAUCCAGCUCUUCUGCUUCAAAAAGCCUCAACCUUUACAGCAAAACAAUGGAGGAAGAGAAGGAAAUGAAAUCUCAAGGGACCAAGAUGGGAAUCAAGAUUUGGAGCUUGGGUUGAUGAAACAUCUCAACGGAGGAGAUCUAGGGUUUGAAGCAGAGCUCAUGAAGCUUCAUAACCAGAGGUUUCUCUUCACAAUCAUGGAAGAGACGAAAGCUGAUUUGGAAUCUGAAGAUGGGAGAUCAAGAUUGGGUUCAAGAUCAAGAAGAAGAAGCUUGAGUGAUGUUCCUAAUGACUGUAGUACCCCUGGAUUCACUCCAUUGGCUUCUCCUCGUACGCUAAAGUCAUCAUCUCCUUUGGAGUCUUAUCCACACCAUGGAUUCAAUCCUCUGUUUGAAUCAGACGGUGAGCUUGAGUUUAACAAGUUCUUUAAGUCGUCUACUUCAUCACCUCCACCUAAAUUCAAGUUCUUGAGAGAUGCUGAAGAGAAGCUGAGGAAGAGAUUGAUUGAAGAAGCUAAAAGAAGAGAAGGCUUAGCUUCUCCAAAAUCGGAAGGUUCGUUUCUGAAGUUCAUGAAUCCUCCACCUGCGAUGAACAGAGAGAAGAAACAGAGUAUUAUUCAAGAAUCUGAUGAAACGGUGUCGUUUUCUCCUACUUGUUCUUCUUCUUCAUCAGGUAUAAAUCUUAGAAUGUUGUUAGACCAAAAAUCCACAGUGGUGGUUGUUUAGUAUUAUUAGCAUCUCUGUCUCUUCUUCUUCUCUACUCUAAUUUUUAUUUUUUGUUGAAAAUUUUUUUUCUCAAGAAUUUCAAUUUCUUUUUUUUUUUUUUAAUUGUGUGAAUUCUAUAUCUUUUGUUUCUCUCAUUCUUAUGAUGUUGGGAAUGAUUUCUUCUGUACGUAUCAUCAAUCUGAAAAAUUUGCAGAUGCUUGUUUUUUAA